GUGUUCUGCACUUCUGCUUUCUCUCUGCUUUUGUGUGGAUGUUCAUUCAAGCUGUGAUGCUCUUCGUCUCCGUGAAGAACCUCAAAAAGAUCCGAUCAAAGCAGAAGGAGGUGCUUAGCUGGAAAUAUCUGAUUGUGAUUGGAUACAGCAUUCCUCUCAUGAUAGUAGGCGUGUCUGUCGGACUGUUUUCUAAUGGAUACGGCAGUGAAAAGUGCUGGCUUAAGGCAGAUAAGGACUUUUUGUGGAGUUUUCUGGGACCUGUUUGUUUCAUUCUUGCAGCAAACACGAUUGUCUUCAUCAGCAUCAUGGUCAUCAUAAUCUCCAUUCUGAAGACAAUGAAGCAUGAAACCCUGAAAAUAAAACAGGCUAAAAGUGACAAGCAAUAUAUCAAAAGAGUGAUGCUGAAAACCGUCAUCCAGUUUUACAUCAUUGGCUGCUCCUGGAUUCUGGGCUUCUUCACGGACUACAAUAAGGUGUUGGAGGUGGUCUUUCUGUUCUUCAACUCCCAGCAGGGCACUUUUAUCUUCUUCAUCCAUUGUGCUCUCAACCAAGAGGUGAGGCAGCUGUACAUGAAGUGGUGGCAAUCAUUCUCUGCUGCCUGUAGACCACAUACUACAAAAACCUGGAUCGUUCAACAUUGAAAUGAAUGAUAUUUCAUUGUAUUGAGACAAAUUUGGCAUCAUUUCUUUAAAUAAAUGGUUUCAGGUUUUGUAUUUUGUUUACGCUCUAUAGCCUUUGAUAGUUUCUAGUCUCUGGUGUAGGGGAACAUUCUAUGGUGAACUGAGCUCGGGAUUAGGAAAGUAACACUGAUCCUGCUGUAAAAUUGCUGAUUACAUUAUUAGUGUAACAAUACAGUGAUAUAUUUUGUUUGAAAAUAUUUUGCUUUUAAAUUUUUGUUACCAUUCUAGCUUGACCAGCUCACUCAAACAAUAGAAUAACAGCUGAAGCUUAAGGGAAAAAAAUAGAAAAAUAUAAAUAGCCAAAAUCAAGAUUUUAAGCUGAUUUUUUAUUGCAGUGAAGCCUUUCAUUCCUUAAAACUUUAAUAGAGUAGUACUUUAC